GGCAGCAGAGUGUCGGGAACUCCAGCUGCUCCGCUCCGUAUAUUUCCACUGACCCUCCGUUUCAGGGAUUCAUUCAUCUCAGUGAGAGCUGCUGCUCGGUCUGUCCGAACGGGAUCAGUCCAUCCAUCCACCCGUCUGUCCAUCCAGCUCUACAUUGUCUCUCUCCUUCCACCCAGCGGUGCGCUGCGUCCGCAUCAGCGUCUGGGAAGGUCAGACACAUCGUUAUUUUGAUCAGCGGACCUGGCAACUUUUUUUCUCCCCCCCUCUCUCUCUACCUGAUCAACGUUUCAUCACCGGGAGAUCAUCCCUGCAUUCGACCGUCGCUGACGCUGCUUCCUCCUGUCUGGACGAGAGGAUGGAUGGCUGACCUCAGAGCUCACUGAUUGGUUCGCUGAUCUUCGCUGGCUGCAGCUGCUGUCAUGGCCAAAAGCCCCGAGGUGAAGCUGGCUGUCUUCGGCAGAGCGGGGGUGGGCAAGUCAGCUCUGGUGGUGAGAUUUCUGACCAGACGGUUCAUCUGGGAGUACGACCCAACACUCGAAUCAACAUAUCGCCAUCAAGCCAACAUUGACGAUGAGGUUGUCACCAUGGAGAUUCUGGACACUGCAGGGCAGGAGGACAUCCAGCAGAAGGAGGGUCACAUGCGCUGGGGCGACGGAUUUGUCAUCGUGUACGACAUCACGGACCGGGGAAGCUUCGAGGAGGUGGCGCCGCUCCGAAGUCUCCUAGAGGAGGUCAAGAAGCCCAAAAACGUGCCUCUGGUCCUUGUGGGCAACAAGUCAGAUCUGGACCACGUCCGGCAGGUUGGCACAGAGGAAGGCGAACGGCUGGCAGCUGAAAUGGCGUGCGCCUUCUACGAAUGUUCAGCAUGUGCCAACGAGGGUGGCGCCGUGGCCGAGGCUUUCCACGAGCUGUGCCGCGAGGUGAGACGCCGCAAGGCCGUGCAGGGCAAGGCCAGACGCCGCAGCUCCACCACACAUGUUAAACAGGCCAUCAACAAGAUGCUGACCAAGAUCAGCAGCUAGGGAAGAGCCACAUUACCGUCUGAUGACAGAAGAAAUGUAAAUUUUUCUCAUGUAAAUGUUUCAAGCAAUUAUUGGCUCUGAAAUGGACAAAAUGUGACUGAUUUAAUGUGUAAUGUUUUCUUUACUUUUUCUCUGAUCAUUUACAAUCAAAAAGGUUCCAAGUGCAAUGUCUUUUUCCUGCAAGAGGUAAAUGAUGUUGUCACUUCAACAUAGGAGCCUUAAUGGAUGAUUUCUCGUCCAAACAUUUGAUCAAAAUAAUCCUGGAUACUGGUGAGAUAUGAGAUGUUUAAUGAUGAAUCGUUGAUAUGGUGAGGUUCUCAACUUUCUUUUAUCCUCUCAUUUAACUCUUUAAAUAAGCCAGAUGGCAGUCUGAAAACGAUGCAUGCAAGCUGUCCUAUUUAGCAUGCAAAGAAUCCAAGCAUUUAUUGACGUUGAAUGAGAAGAUUCGUAGUUUCCUCUCUGUAUCUUGUCUGUAGGGGGAUAUUGUGAUGUACUUUGGCCCAUGUGUGUAACUGUUCCGUCAGCAGUGGUCAAAGAAAAAUAAGAUCAGAGAAUUACUAUUAGAUAAUAGUAGAUGCACUGUUCUUCGCCCAUGUCAGCCCAAGAAAAAUCCUAAGAGUUGUCAACGCCUGUCCUUCAAAAAAACCUUGUCCACAGCGUUCUGUUGACAUUAAAUGUUCUGCAGCGGCUCCGUGUUUGUCCAUGACGUGUGUACUCAAGAUCUUUUCCUCAAGGAACCAGAGCGCAGGUCCACAACCUUUUUAAGCCCAUGAAAGAACAUUUUUGCCAUUUUCUCUAAACUAAUCCAUGCCAACAUGUUAACAGAUUCCAGGUAUGUUCUUCAUGGCUAUAAUUUGAAUACUGUAAACUACAGUAUGUAUGAUAUGGUAUAUUGCCUUAAGCACUGCUGUGUCUUAGGUGUGUACAGAACCCAAAGGCAUCUACAGUAGAAGAUACUGUAAUUGUUGAAAUGUAAUAUGUCUUUUUCCUUAUGUAUGUGACCUAUAAGAUGAAAACAACCAGCUGUGCACUUGUAAUUAAAAACUGAGAUAUAUCCCA